CCGCUCACCUUCAGCUAGCAACACACUAAAAUAGAAGGUUGGAAGCAAGAGAUUACCAGUCGACCCCAAGUUCGAAGAAAACAGCUCAACGUCAGCUUCCAGAUUUCAUCUUAAAACCCAGAUGUGAAGGAGACUCUUCAAGAUGCAAAGGCAUUUUGCGACCAUUUUUUCGAUUGCAAUCCUUCUACGUAACUGUGGCAAACUCCGAGCUCAAACUCCUGCGCCGGUUGGCCCCGAAACGGAUGUUCCUGAGUCUCAGGGGUGUUCAGCGUGUUGCCAGGGACCCCCUGCGGGGUUGCCUGGCAUACCAGGCUUGCCAGGUAGCCCGGGUGGUUGUGGACCCAGAGGGCCCAGAGGAGACGCAGGUCCAGUAGGACAACCUGGUCUGGGUGGCCUACCUGGGGAAGCUGGUAUUAAAGGUCAAAAGGGUGAGGCGGGGGAGUCUCCAGAUGCCUCCACCCACCGGGUAGCAUUCACAGUGAGAAGGACGACCUCCUCGGACAUCUCUACGAGCGACAACACCCGUUUGGCCUUCGAGGAGGCCGAGACGCUUUUGCCGGGUACCAGCUUCGAUUUAGCGACUGGCACAUUCGCUUGUGAUGUGCCGGGCACCUACGCGUUUAUGUUUUAUGUCCUCACGAAUUCUGACAGCUCCUUCAUUGACGUCCAUCUCAGGAAGAACGACGAAUGGAUCGUCUCAAGCUAUAGCCCCACUGAUGGCCAAGCGUCUGGAGGUGCAUUGUUGGGUCUGCAGAGCGGAGACACGGUUUAUCUGACCAUGAGAGGUAGGGCCUGGAGCGAGUCAGUCCAACACUAUACCUCGUUCAGUGGUUUUCUCCUUUUCGCCAACUAAACAAACCGACAAUCGAUAAACCGUGAACUGAUCCUGAUUGCUAUUUUCUUCUUUUCCUAAUACCGGCCCCACAAUGAAAUUGCGAAGUGAGUGUUACCGUAGCACUUAAACUUGCAAACUGACGAAUGAUUUGCCUUGUUUCCAAGUUUCAAUAGACUAAUCUGAAGAGCCACCAUUACUUAUUGGGUGGCACCAAUUUCACACACGUGAAUUUUAAGUAGGACAUGUGGACCCUAUUGAUCACCCUAUUGGUCGAAGCGGUUGGUGCGUGUGUACCACCUAGGUGUCGGCGUGCUGCCACUGCAGUAGGCCUACAUGUAUAUGUAGUGGCUUCGAAUUCAAUGCGAAGCCAUAGCCAUAGUUGCAGACUUGAGGAUCUGAUUUAGGAAAUAAAAAUAUCGUGCACGAAUCAAAUGAAAGCAAUAAACGAAUAUACAAUUAACAACAAAACUAAAUGGCUUUGGUUUUACCUCAUUUGCAUAACAGAGAGUGCUUCAUUGUUUAGUUUCUGACAUGCUCAGAAUUAUUCAUACCUUUAUCAAUAAGAGCUAAUAUCACGGUUAAUAGUCAAUUCCAAAACCCUUGUUCUUGAUUACACCAUCUAGGUUGUUUUUGUGUAGCUGUUCACGAGGGUUUGGCACAGCUCCACGGGAAUCUUGGCCCACUCUUCCUUGGGGAAGACCUUUAGCUCUUUCAGGUUGGAGGGCCUGCGGGCAUGUACCUUGGACUUGCGGGUUUUCCACAGGUUUUCGAUGAAAUUAAGGUCUGGGCUUUGGCUUAGUUAUGGUAGCACCUCCACGUUGUUAUCCUGGAACCAUUUCUUGACUGCCAUUGCCUUACGUUUAGGGGAUCAUUGUCUUGUUGGUAUAUCCAGUUUGGUCUGAGAUAUAGAUUUUCUGCAAACUGCUUGACAUUGUCCUGCAGACUCUGGAUGUACUGUUCCUUCGUAAUAAUUCCUAUUACUUUUGCGACAUUGUCAGGCCCACUUGCAGAGAAACAACCUCACAACAUGAUGCUCCCACUUCCAAACUUCACGGUCGGCACAUUGGGUUGAAUGCUUCACCUUUCUUGCGCCAAACGAAGGAAACAUCCCUGUGGCCAAAGAGCUCCAUUUUCGUCUCGUCUGAUCAUAGAACAAAACAUGACCAGAAACUUUGAUCCUCGUCUUGGUGCCCUCUUGCAAAUGCCAGUCAAGCUUUCCACCUGUGAAUGAAGAGAGGGGUCUUUCACGGACGACGCCCAUGUAGCCCUUCGUUGUGCAGUGUGCAGCGGAAUGUCUGCGUUGAAACCUUGGUGCCCAUUUCACCCAAUAUUGUCCUGAAGUGCCUUGAUUGAUGUUCUGGGGUUGGAAAGGGCCUCGCGGCACACUUUUCCAACCAGACACGGAGACACCUUUCCACUUCCGUCCACGCUUGCAGAUUUUUUUUUUACAGUACUGAACUUCUUGUACUUUUUCAAGAUGGACUGUACAGUGGAAAUUGGUACUGUGAAGAGCUUAAAAAUGGUUUUGUAGUCUUUCCCAUCUUUGUGGGCAUUCACAAUGCUCAUGCGGAGAUCAUCGCUGAAUUCCGUAGUUUUCGCCAUGUUCGCAAAAACUGAGGAAGACUCUACGAUUGCACUCUAGAAGCAGAGUAUUGACAAUGAAAAUCCACAAAUCAUUUGCAAUAGAUGAAAUUCUUAACAUACCCCUAGAGGAAAUAUGCAUUGCUGAAUUUAUUCAAAACAACAUGCAGAAUAUUAGGAAUGUCUGGAGCAUGCGCAUUUCGGAGGAAUGUGGCCAAAUACCAUGACGUGCAGAAGGGUACUGCUGAGCAUGUCAAAAUUUAAUCAAUAUAGCAUUCUCUUUGUUAUGCAAAUGAGGUGAAACCACAGCCAUUGGUCUUUUGUACCAGACAAUUAAAAGUAUUUAACUAUGGCCCAAAUAUUAUGUGCCCAUCUUUCAUUCUCUACAAAAACACAAAAAGCCUAAAAUUUAUAAACGGGUAUGAAUAAUUUUGUUGUAAACUGUAUGCAGUUACUGGCCUACUUGCAGUUUGUGCAGAACAUUUACUUUUGAACAGCAAUGAAAUAUGUCGCUGCUAUGUCAUGGAUUUUGGCCAAAGAUCAUAUAGCGCCAAAGGCGCAAGAUGGAUAACUCUGCCUAAA